AUGGACCGGGAACAAGGUAAGGCAGCGGCGAGCCUGCCGGAUUUGGGAGCGACUGUGGCUAAUUCUGGGGACGAUUCCCGUUGGUGUGCAGUGACGGAGUUCCUGGGCCAGGUGCCGCUCCUGCAGUGCCUCCCCGGCUCCUCCAUCCGCAGGAUCGCCGAGGCCGUCCAGGUCAAGCACUACGAACCUGGUGAUUAUGUCGCCCGUGAAGGUGAACCCGUGGAUGGCCUUUGCAUCAUAUUGGAUGGGCAGGCUGAAGUUUCUGCUCCUGCAAACACAGAAGAAGCAAACCGUCCAGACUAUGUGUUAAAUAAGUAUGACUACUUUGGUUACGGGACCAAUAGUUCUGUACAUCAAGUAAAUGUUAUUGCGGUGACAAAGCUGUCCUGCUUUGUAUUGCCAAGUCAAUAUGGACAUCUGCUGCAAACCAAGACAAUUUGGAAUGCAGAAGAAACACCUGAAAGCCAUUCAUUGAUGGAACAAAUUUUACAUUUAGAGAAAUUAGAGGUUGAUAUCUUUCGUGGAUUUACUUUGCCAGAAGCUCCAACUUUUAAUCAAGUUUUUGGAGGACAAUUGAUUGGGCAGGCACUAGCAGCAGCAUCCAAGACUGUCGAUUGCCUGAAACUUGUGCAUAGUCUGCAUGCAAUUUUUCUAAUAGCAGGAGACAAUAACAUGCCAAUAAUAUAUCAAGUGCAUCGGGAGCGUGAUGGAACCAGCUUUGCCACCAGAAAAGUGGAGGCAAAGCAGAAAGGCCUUGUUAUGUUCACUUUAAUUGUUUCUUUCCAGAAGGAAGAAUUAGGGUUUGAGCAUCAGGCUGCAAUCAUGCCUGUCGUUCCUCCUCCAGAACAGCUCCUGAAUAUGGAGGAGAUACGGGAAAGAAGACUCACUGAUCCACGGUUUCCGAUGCAAUAUAGGAACUCAGCUGCCAAGAAAAAGUUUGUACCUUGGCCCAUUGAAAUGAGGUUCUGCCAAGAUUCUAAAUCUCAACAUGAACCAAGCCUGCAUUAUUGGUUUAGAGCUAGAGGAAAACUUUCGGAUGAUCCAGCUCUGCAUAGAUGCGUUGUAGCAUAUGCUUCGGAUCUACUAUAUUCAGGCGUCAGCCUAAAUCCGCACCGGAAGAGGGGUUUGAAGACAUACUCUCUCAGUCUUGAUCACUCGAUGUGGUUCCACAAGCCUGUGAAAGCUGAUGACUGGUUGUUAUAUGUGAUCGACAGCCCAUCCGCACAUGGUGGUAGGGGAUUCGUCACCGGACGUAUGUUCAACCGGCAAGGAGAGCUCAUCGUGUCGCUGACCCAAGAGGCGUUGAUUAGGAGGGCCAAGACACCCGGGCAAACCCCAAGGCCGAAGCUUUGA